UUUGUUGAGUUCUUGUGGCGGGAGCGGCAGCGGGAAGCCCCCUGAUGUGCCCGGGCCCUGGCGGGACCCGGACCCCGGGGGUGUAGCUGAAUCUUCACAGUCCUCCGCAGUCUCCCAAGAGCUGCAGAAAAUGAGAGUAUGUGAGAUGUCGGUGUCAUUCGAGGACGUGACUGUGGCGUUAACCCAGGAGGAGUGGCGGCACGUGAGCUCCGCUCAGAGGACCCUGUACCGAGACGUGAUGCUGGAGAACUACCGCCACCUCGUCUCAGUGGGGUACUGGUUUACAAAACCGGACAUAAUCUUCAAGUUGGAGCGAAGAGAAGAUCCCUUGUUAUUAGAGAAUGAAUUUCUAACGAAGAGCCAUGCAGGCUGCUGUGUUGAUAACCUCUUUGAGAAAAGCCUGGCAACUCAAAGGAAACAUUUGCGGCAAGACUUAUUUACUCAACUGCAGGGUGCACACAGAGGUGAGAAAAUUUCCAGCCACAAGUCACACUGCAGAGAGCAUCAGAGCACUCGCACAGAAACAGAGGCCUUUGAAACUGGAAAUAAGAACUUCAGUCCUAACGCAGCCCUCACUAUAUCUCAGAGACUUGACACAGUUGGGAACUUCAGUCGUGAUACCAUAAGGAGGCAGACCUUGCGCUCUCAGACUGCCUUCAGUGUGCAUCAGAGAACUGGAGUCAGGGCAAAACCCUGUGGGUGUAAAGAAUGUGGGAAAUCCUUCUCUAGCAAGACACACGUCAUCGCACAUCGGAGAACUCAUACUGGAGGUAGACCUUAUGCGUGUAAUGAAUGUGAGAAAACUUUUACUUACAUAUCGUACCUCAGAGAACAUCAGAGAAGACACACAGGGAAGAGACCCUGUGAGUGUAACCAAUGUGGACAGUCCUUCUGUAGAAAAUCUGACCUCACCUUGCAUCAGAGAAAACACACAAGUGAGAAAGUCUGUGAAUGUAAUGUGUGUGGAAAAUUUCUCUCCAAAAAGUCACACCUCACUCAGCAUCAGAAAAUCCACACAAGGCAAAAACCCUGUGUGUGUAAUGAGUGUGGAAAGUCCUAUACAGAGCAUUGUCUUAUUUGGCAUAAGAGAAGGCACAUGGGGCAGAAAUCCUAUGAGUGUAACAGAUAUGGGAAGUCCUUCUGUAGACAGUGUGACCUCACUAAUCAUCAGAGAAUUCACAUAGAGGAGGAACCCUGUGAGUGUAACCAGUGUGGACAGUCCUUCUGUAGAAUGUCUGACCUCACUUUGCAUCGGAGAAAACACACAAGUGAGAAACGCUAUGAAUAUAGUGUGUGUGGAAAAUCUCUCUGGAAAGUCACACCUCACUCAGCAUCAGAGAAUCCACACAGAGCAAAAAACUUCUAAGUGUAAUGAACGUAGAAAAUCCUUCUAUACAAAGCAUUGUCUUAUUCGGCAUAAGAGAAGGCACAAAGGGGAGAAACCCUAUCAGUGUAUUGAAUGUGGGAGAGCUUUUAACCAGAACUCAGUCCUCAAAAUACAUCAGAGAACCCACA